CCUGUAUUGUCUGUCUGUAUGCAACCCGCCAAGGUUCGAAAAAAAAUGUCGGGGAGAAGAGCACAUCGCCAAGAUACCAACAUGACAUUUGAGGUCGUCGUCAACGAUGGAGCUUAUGCUGACUCUACCAUCGAUAAGGACAACUCUAAACAAGGGACGUUAGAAGACGAUGAUAGCGACGCACCGGUUGUCUUUCUCUGCGGGAGUUGCAAGCUGCCUGUCGGUGACUCGCUGGCCUGGGCUGGGAGUGAGGACGAACAAAAUCUAAUACUGCUCAAACGUGUCAGUGACAAUGUUUUGGUUGGCAAAGAAACUCACUUCUCCGGUACUUGUAAGAAGGAACUCGGUUGCCUGAUAGUCCACCUGACCUGUUGUGGCUGCAGCUCUCUGCUAGGCAUGGUCUACAUCUCCACCCCCAGGAAACUGGACUACAUCCGGUCCCUGUUCUGCCUUAAUGUGGCUGCCAUAGAGAGCUAUGUCCUAGGGUCUUCCAGGCAGCAGGUGGCAGCAGUGAGCCCCAGGCAGCAGCCAGUCACCCUGGAGUACAGACAGGCUGUAGAGCAACAACUGGACGAGAUUAAGGUGGUGACUCUGUCUAUGGGGCAGAGGUUGUUGGUUCUGGAGGCUGACCUGCAGAGUAAAAGUCAAAUGUGAUGAUGAUGCAUCUUGACAGUGAUGGACCACACUACGCCAUGGGGGGCCCGGUGGGGUCUCAUAUACCCACAGGACUAAGGAUCUCAACCCCCUGACCCUUCAACCCUCACUCCUCACCCCGUCCCCAUUGUUAGUUCUGAUAGGGUACAAACAGCCACAAGCUGUUUGUUUCACAAGGGUUAAACACCUCAAGCACCUCAUAUGGCACCAUAUUCCCUAUAUAGUGCACUACUUUUGACAAAAGCCCUAUUGAAAUAGGGUGCCAUUUGUGAUGAAGCCAUUGUUCCCUCCAAACUGUUUGUGGUUUAUGUCAACUCCUGCAUUCCUCGUCUGUGGGUUAGGUGUUUCUUCAGUCUCAUGCUGUUGACUGUUCUCUCAUAGAUCAUGUGAAUCUAAACAAAACGUUGUCUUGAAGAGAUGGUUCCAUACCUUCAGUUAUGAUGGAAUUAUGUUCAACAGGGCAGUUUCCCCAACACAGAUUUUUUAAAGCUUAGUCCUGGAAUAAAAAGCAUUUUCUCUGUUUUCUUUUUAGUCCAGGACUAAGCUUGGUCUGUGUUCGAGAAACUGCCCCUAAAAUGUUGAACCUAAUUUAAUCAUAAAUAGCUGGCUAACUUCUUGAUUCUGCUUGGUAGUAUACCUCUGUGGACUAGGCUUGUCUGGGAAACUGCCCAUUCAAUUCAGACAUCAUUGAAGCUCCGGGUUUACAAGCAUUUUCCAACUUUAUUGGUUCUUUUAUUGUUCAAAUUGAUUUAUCUAAAUAAAGUUAUAAAACAUGA